CCCAACUCUUCAAACUCCCAAGCCUCCCCGAGACGGAGCAUGGAGUUGCAGACAUCGACAUCCCAUGCCCAGAGCAACGGCAACGCAGGCGAUCACAGCACCGCUGCGAUCCCCAACAACGGGCCUACUGCUACGGCUGGUACACGUACGCGCAGCAUUUCCCGACCGGAGGAGCCUCAAACAGCUCGAUCCAUGUUGAAGCUCAUCUGCGCCGGCUUUUCAUUCUUCUACGCCGGCACCAAUGACGGCACCAUCGGGCCACUUCUUCCUUAUAUACUGCGCAGAUACAAGGUCGACAGUGCUCUAGCCACGGUGAUGUUCGCACGAGAACCAAUCCCCAUCAAAAACGCCCUGUACUGACAGGUUCAUUUACCUGGUACUGUAGUUACGUGGGCACCUUCGCGGGCUGGUUUCUGUCUGCCCUGACCAACACGCAUCUGACGACAACGCUCCGUCUGUCCCUGGGCGCGACACUCCUUCUCGGUGCCGGCCUGCAGCUUCUGGCCCAGUUGCUUCGAUUCUGGGACGCCCCCUUCGCCUUGUUCGUCAUCACCUUCUUCUUCACAGCGCUCGGCCAGGCCCUGCAAGAUUCCUACUCCAACGCAUUCGUUGCGACGGUGCCCAGAGCUCAUCGGUGGCUUGGAUUCAUCCACGCCAUGUACAUGCUGGGCUGCCUCACUGGCCCACUGAUCGCCACGUUGGUAUCCAGCCACACCCAGUGGUACUACACUUAUGCCGUGGAGGCUGGACUUGGUGGCUUGAACCUGGGCUUUGUCUUCCUGGCAUUCGGAUGGCAAGGUCCGCGACCGCAACUGCUCGAGGUCCGCAACAACGACGUCGCCACCGAGGCGCGAAGGGAGUCUGCGGGUGACGCCACCGAAGUCGAAGCCGAAGCCGAAGCCGAAGCCGGGAACAACAACAGGGCCAGGUCGAACGAGCCGGCCCUCGCCAACGCUCGAACAAGGCACAAGGAAGCGCUGAAACAAAUCCAGCAGACCCUCCGACUUGGCUCGGUCUGGCUGAUCAGCCUGUUCUUUUUCUUCUUUCUCGGAGCGGCCAUCACGGCCGGAGGUAUGUUGUCUUCAAGUCUUCACUCUUUUCGCUCUUUCGCCUCAUACGUCGGUCCCGUAUUGACAUGCCAUACAGGUUGGGUGGUCGAGUACCUCGUCCGCGUCCGCAAAGGCAAUCUAUCUUCCGUGGGCUAUAUCCCAACCGGCUAUUACGGCGGCGGCUUUCUGGGCCGCCUACUGCUCGCCGAGCCUACCAAUCGCUAUGGUGAACGACGGAUGGUCUUCAUCUGCAUCAUCCUCUGCGUCGCUCUGCAGGUCAUGUUCUGGACAAUCCCGAACAUCGUUGCCGGUGGGGUGCUGAUCUCUGCACUUGGCUUCUUUUCCGGUCCGUUCUUCGUGAGUGUAAGUGACGUUUGCCAGUGCACCCAGCCGGGGUCAAUCCACUCCUUACUAGAAUUGAACCAACCCAAAACCGCUGACACUGUUAUUUGUGCUUGUUCACAGGGCAUAUCGGUGGCGUCGAAGCUCUUUCCCAAAUCCAUCCAGGCCACCGCUUUAGGCCUCGUCUUCGUCAUCGCUCAGAUGGGCGGCAGUCUCUUCCCGACCAUCACCGGUCUUAUUGCCGCCAACGCAGGUGUCAAAGUUCUUCAACCUAUUCUCGUCGGCUUGUUCGUCCUCGUCGCCGCGAGUUGGUGGUUCGUCCCGAAGGCGGACGGGGACAGAGACCAAGACCGUGAAGCUUGAUGCAAAAUGCUGCUACUACCGCACAGAUUGUACUGCCGUAGUCGGACUCGCUCGCGACGACGAGCCUAGCGACAUACUAGUAGUUAGUGAUCACGAACUGUUCGAUAAGCAGGCCUCGUGCUGAUUAGAUAUUACUAUACCGAGUAAGCGUGCAUUAAGGUACCUUAGGUUAUAUGUGCAGUCGUCGCAGGGUAAAUCAUUCAAUGCAGUUGUUUGCUAU